CUUGAGAUGGCGCCUGUUUAUGUGAAAGGUGGUGCCUGGUCGAAUAUAGAGGAUGAGAUCUUGAAAGCUGCUGUGUCCAAGUAUGGGCUCAACCAAUGGUCAAGAGUGGCUUCCUUAUUGGCUCGUAAGACUGCUAAGCAGGCUAAAGCCAGGUGGAACGAGUAUUUGGACCCCAGGCUCAGGAAGUCUGAUUGGUCUGCUGAAGAGGAUGAAAAGUUGUUGAAUCUUGCCAGGUUGAUGCCAAAUCAAUGGAGAUCUAUAGCUUCAAAGAUUGGAAGAACAGCCACACAAGCAAUUGAAAGAUACCAGAGGAUUCUGGAUGAUUCUGAAGCUAGGGACUCAAAGAAUGAAUUGGGGUUGAGUGGAUUAGGAGCUGAAACAUUAGCUUCUGUUGGUUCUAGUAAGGAUUUACAGGUUGGUGAUUUAAAUGUUAACCCAGAAACAAAAGUCGCUCGACCAGAUGCGAUUGACUUAGAUGACGAUGAGAAGGAAAUGUUAUCUGAAGCAAGAGCGAGAUUGGCCAACACAAGAGGUAAAAAAGCCACUAGAAAAGCUAGAGAACGUAUGCUUGAAGAGAGUAAACGUAUAGCUUUAUUACAAAAGAGACGUGAACUAAAACAGGCAGGGUUCAAUACCAAAUUAAAAGCUCCAAAGAAAAAAUUUAAGAAUCAAAUAGAUUACAAUGCAGAUAUUGCGUUUGAGCAUAGGCCAUUAGGUGGGUUCUAUGAUACUACAGAAGAAACACAUGAUAAUGAAACUCUCUUGAACAAUUAUAACAAACAAGUGAAUACAUCCGGUGUGAAAGAAAAGGAUUCCAACAAGGAGAAAAGACAAAGAGACAAAAAAGAAGGCGGCCAAAUAUCUAUUGAGAAACAAGCUGAACCAGCAGAAGUUAAAAGAAGAAAGCUCGAUCUUCCUGAACCAAAAUAUAAAGAUGGUCAAGCUACAACUUCUAUACAAGAUGCUGUACAGAGAGCAGAAAUAGAAGCUAAUGGCAUUGAUGAUAUAAUUAAUGAAGCUGCAAGAAAGAUUAGAGAAUCUAAAGUUGAAAAAUCUGCAUUGUUAACCAAAGACGAAGCAGAGAUUGAAGAAGAAGGACAUUUUACAGAAGAUAAUGAAGAGGUUGAAAAGCAAGAUACUCUGAGGGAACCUAAGAAGUCGAUGGUGUCUCUCCGUGAUAAAUUUGCCUCACUUCCAAAGCCUAAAAACGAUUUUGAAAUUUUGGAAAAUGAUGAAGUUGAGACAAUCACACAAUCUCCAUUAGAAACACCAGAGGUUGUUGAAGAUGAAGGUGAAAAGUCAAGAUUGAGAGCUAUUGAAGAUGCCAAGGAAAGAGAAAAGGCGCUACUGAGAAGAUCACUUGCCAUUCAAAAGAGUCUAUCGAUACCCAAUAUCACAUCAUCCAUAAACUUAACCCCUAUGGAUGAAGAUGUUAUUUCACAAAAUAUAGAUGCCGAAGUUAUAAGGUUGAUUAGAUCAGAUUAUUCCAAAUUAAACAAAGUGUCUGGUGUACCACUAUUAGGAGAUCUUGAUGAAGAAACAAAGGCCAAAGUUGAAAAUGAAAUUAACCAAGAAAUUGAUCAAGAUGCUUUGAAGGAGUUUCAGAAUAAAUUUUCUCAUCUGCAUUCUUCAAAAAUUGAUCAACUAAAGCUAGACAAUGCUUCGCUAAUAACAGAACUUCAAAAACUCGUGUCAACAACAAACAAGCUGGAAAAGAAACUAGAGCUUCAAUUUGGUGGUUAUGUUAAAAGAAAUGACACAUUAUCUGAAGAAGCUAUUCAAGUUCUUGAUGAUUUGAAAGAUGCUGACCGUGCCUUGACUGCUUUCCAACUAUUAUACAAAAGUGAAGAGAUCAGUAUAAGGACCAGAACAGAUACAUUACAAGAAGAGGUCGAUGCCUUGAUCCAUGGAGAACAAGUUGGUCAGGAACGUUACUUGGAACUUCGAAGACUCAAGAAUUCCCAGCCCUCGGAAAUAUAG